AUAAAAUAUUAUGAUAAAAAUCUAAAUAAAAAUACGUGGAAGCAGACCAGAAGCAAAGUCAGUCGAUAGACGGGCAAAUAACAACUUGCAUCAACAUGAAGUACUUCAUCGCUAUCGUUCUGAUCGCCGCCGUGGCGUCGGCGCGCGUCAUCAAGCCGAUUGGUGCCUCCGAGAGUCAAGAGAUCCAGGAGAUCAUCGCCGCUAUCAACAGCCCCAGCACUGACCCCGCCACCGCCGCUCUGCUUGAACAGAUGUUGAUGGAAGCCCUUGGCGUUCAGCCGAUCCAAGUUGGACCCGCCAUCGUCGAGCAGAACCCCUCUGACUUGAUCUCCGUCGGACCCGCUAUCGUUGAAGGCAUCAGCCCCAUCUCCGUUGGGCCCGCAAUCAUCGACUUCCCCCUCCCCGAUGGCGGCGCCGUCACUGAGUUGGAGCCUACCCCCGCCGUCGUUGCCCCCGCCCCCGUCGUCGUCGGUCCCACACCCGCUGCUGAGGCUUCCGAGAGCUCUCCCCUCGUUCAGAUCAUCGUCAACGUGAACGCCGCCAACGCCGGCAGCAACCCCGUCGGAGUCAUCUCCCCCGAGGCCGUCGCUGAGCCCGAGAUCGCUCCUGAGCCCGUCUCCGUCGUGGAGCAGCCCAUCCUCAUCCCCACCCCCGUGGUGCUCCCCCAGCCCGUGGCGCCCGUCGUCGUCCCUGAGCCCGUGAUCGUUGUCGAGGAGCCUUCUCUGCCCGAGCCGGUGAUCGUUGUUGAGCCCUCUCUGCCCGUGGCUCCCACCCCCAUCGGCGUCGGCGAGCCCGUCCUCCCCAUCGGCGUGCAGCCCGUCGUCCUCCCUGAGACCCUCAACUAAAUUGUUGUAGAGUUUAUAUGUAUUAUAUCUAUAAAAUGUGACUAAACAUGAGGUAUAAUAUAAUAUAGAAAACCUAAGA